CCCACCCCACCAACCAACAAACUUUCAUAUAAACACACUGCAAAUAUACAAGACAAAAUCUUCCUCCAUUUUCUCUGCAGGGGUUUUUGGAAAAUCACUAAAGCAUAGAUCUUUUUAAAAAUGGGAUGUUUUCUUGGUUGUUUUGGUUUUACCACCAAGAAACAAAAGCGUAUAAAGCCUUGUAACAAGUUCCAAGUGCAUCAAAAGUAUGUACAACUAGACUCUGAGAAGGCAAAUGCUGCAGAUUCUGUAAAUUCUGAACCCAGGGAUAAGCCUAAAGAAUCAUCAAAACCUAAGGUAAAAAAGAAAGUGAGCUUCAAUUUGAAUGUUAAGGCGUAUGAGCGAAUCCAAGACGAUGACAACAGCACAACAUAUUUCUCAGAUGAAGAGCAGACACAAUGUGUAUACAAUGAACAAGAAACUGCAAAAAACAGUAUGUCUAUGUACCCUUCAAGUUAUCGAUACUAUAACUGCAACGAUGAGGAAGACGAGAUAACACUUGAGGAAAGUGAUAUCGAUGAACUUGAUGAAGAAGACUAUGGCGUUAGCGAUGAUGAUGAUGAUAAUGAAGAUGGUGGCGACGAGACAGAAAACAAGUUUGAAAAUGAUAAAAGGCUGAACAAAGAUGAAACAAAUGAAGUAAGUCAAGAUAAUAGGAAUUUGUAUGGGAAUUCUGUGCUACUUCCAGUUGAAAAUCUCACUCAAUGGAAAGCAGUUAAAGCUAGAGGAGCACAGCAAGUGAAGCAUCAGAAAGAAAACACUAUCAAAUUGGAUGGAAAACAAGAAAUACCUUUGCUUAAAAAGCCAGUAAUCAAUUGUGCAGACCUAAAUCUCAAAGAUAACUCUAAGCCUAAGGCUAAGGAGCAUGAAAUUCCAGUUGAUGCCAGUCUCUCAAAUUGGCUGGUUUCAGCAGGAGCAGCAUCAGUAAAUCGCUCAGCUGUGUACUAUAUUGAAGAUAGAGCUAAAGAUCAUCAAGUUGUGCUUGAUAUAGUCAAUACUAUAUAAACAAAGAAAGUGCAGAGAAUGGCCUAAAUACAUUUGAAUUGAUGUUUUUGUGUAAAGUAUUGUUUGUCUUUAUGUUUGGACAGUACAUGAUUUGUGAGUGCAGUUGUGUUGUAUUCUUAUAGACAAAUUUGGGGACAUAAGAUUCCAUUUGGGGAGCC